AUGAGCAUCACCCAGACUUACUACCUGGCCCACAAGGCCAGGUCUAAGCUCUCUCACGAGGCUGCCCGCCCCGAUCACAACCUCCGCCUGCUCGUUGGCCACGCCAACCUGCUAGACUCCCUGAUGGUUGAGCUUGCCGAUGCCGAGCGUGAGCAAGAGUCGUGGUUCAACCAAUCCGUCCGCAGCGCAUCACCGAAGAAGGAGGAGAAGCACAUCCAGUGGGCCGACACCGUCAUCGAGGACCCGGAGGAGGACUGGGAUGCCGAGGACGCCGACUCCGACUCCUCAUCAGACUCCGAUAGCGACUUUGAUGACGAGGAUGUUGAGAUGGCCGACAUUGUCUCCCUGACCCGGGUGGCUUCAAACAAGAUUGUGCCGCAGAGCCCGGCUAUGGAGGUGGACGAGGACUUUGAGGAGGAGGAUGAGGAGGAGGACUACGCACACCUUACCCUGACCCGAUCACCGUCUCACUCCGCAUCACCACCGGAGCUUGAGCACGACUCCGACUCAUCAGAAGACGAGUCGAUGCCGCCAUCCCCGCCAUCCACCGUGCUACCGACAUUCUCGGAAAAGCAGAGGGAAUCAAUCGCUUCGACAGAAUACUCAGAGAAGGACUCAGAUUUCUACGACCAAGGCUACUACUUGCCGCCGCGAAAUCCGGCAAGGCUGGUCUCGGCGAUAUCUGUCUACUAA